AUGUGCCAGGGGUCCUUGUCAUUCAGAGACGUGGCUGUGGGCUUCACCCGUAAGGAGUGGCAGGAGCUGGACCCGACACAGAGGACCCUGUACCGGGAUGUGAUGCUGGAGAACUACAGCCACCUGGUCUCCGCGGUUUCCCAAGUUGAUAGGCAACGGGAACACGGAGAGGAACCUCUGAACCAAGCAGAACUCCCAGACAAGAAACAACUGACCCCAGAAGGGCACCACGCACCUAACACGGUUGGAAAAAACACCUCUCAGGACACAGACGUCGUCCCUUCAGAACAACAGGGCCCUCGGUGUGAGUCGUGCGGCACCGCCUUGCCAGGCAAGGCGGACGUCACUGUCACUCCCAGCGCGUACCUCGCGAGGAGGAGGUUCGAAUACGAUGCACAGGGGAACCUGUUUCUCUACUCGAAGCUGGACGCUCCCCGUGCCGGGGCGCGCCCACGCCAGUGUAACCGGUGCCGAGAAGCUGUAAGUCGUGCCCAGGCCCUUAAUGCCGACCAAGGAGCCCACAGGAAAGAGGAACCCCGCAAACGCACCACAGGCGGGAAGGGCCUCUCCCACAAGGCAAGACUCAUUACCCGUCAGAAAGCCCACAGGGAAGAGGCACCCUCAGGGCGGAAGGACCAGGGGGGAGGCGGUCCGCCCCGGCAAACAGCCGGGAACUCAGGCGGACCGGAAGCGCCGCCGAAACAGGAAAUGCCGUCGCGCCUCAUCGAAUACCACAGAUGUCACAUGGGAGAGAAGCCCUACGGUUGCCCAGAGUGUGGAAAGUACUUCUCCCGGAAGUCCUGCCUGGUCCUCCAUCAGAGGGCGCACACCGGGGAGAAGCCCUACGCGUGCGGCCGGUGCUGCAAGGCCUUCUUCCGGAAGUCGCACCUCAUCCUCCAUCAGAGGACGCACACGGGAGAGAAACCCUGCCAGUGCGGUAAGGGCUUCUCGCAGAACUCUUGCCUCCUCAUCCACGAGAGGACCCACAUGGGCAGGAGGCCCUACGAGUGCUCCGCUGGCGGGAAGACCUUCACCCAGGAGGCGAACCUCCUCCGACACCACAGGAUUCACACCCGGUAG